CUACAGUCCGUUGCAAAUCAGUUGACUUUAGCGUUGAGAGCACCGGUUUACUCUACCGGUGGUCGAUUUCGGUGUCAGGUUAUGGCAAGGCAACCACCAUGUGACUGCGGACGACGACGAAUGACAAAAAUCGUGAAUGGCGUUCCAACAAAGGCCAAUGAGUUUCCAAUGAUGGCUGGCCUGGUUAGCACAUCCGCAAAGAAUGUCUUCUGUGGCGCCACUAUAAUUUCGAAUCGUCACGCCGUUACCGCUGCACACUGUCUCGUGGGUAAAAAAAUUUCAGACACUACUCUACUUGUUGGAGAUCACGAUCUAUCCACAGGAACGGACAGCCCGUUUGCCGCGCUCAUGGUCAUCACCACGUUCACAAUCCAUUCCGGUUACCGGAAACAAUCUUUCGUGAAUGAUAUCGCCCUGGUGCGCACCCGAGAAGAGAUUCAGUUCAACAACGGAGUCGGUCCGGCAUGUUUACCGUGGAAUUGGCCUACCGCUACCUUCAACAAUAUGGUAGUGGAAGCAACCGGUUGGGGAACGCUGGAUUUCGGUGGUCCCGUUUCGACUGUACUACGGAAGGUCAGCCUGAAUGUUAUCAGUUAUGAAACGUGUCGUCAGCGGAUGCCUAGCUCGGGGAUCAAAACCAGUCAAAUUUGUACGUUUGCAAAAGAUCGCGAUGCCUGUCAGUAUGAUUCCGGAGGGCCGAUUCUAUACACGCACCCGAGCAAUGGGAUCGUGUAUCACAUUGGAGUGAUCAGUUAUGGAAUUGCGUGUGCUAGUAGCACUCCUGGUGUAAACACCAGAAUUACAUCAUAUUUGGCGUGGAUUAAAUCGAACACCCCGGGAAUAAGGUAUUGCGAGAAGUGAGAAGCUUUGUAAUUCGUUUAACAUUUGAGGCUACACACUUAGUGAUUAUUCAGAACAACGAUUCAGAACAACGUAGCAUAUAAAGAGAUGAGAAUAAAUAUCCAAUC